AUGUCUUUUGGCACCAACAUAAAAGCUGGCUUCUCCGUGCGGGACAUCCUGGAUCUGCCAAACCCGAACGCGAGAUGCGGCUCCGGGACCGAGGAGACCGAGGAAGACGAGACCGAGGAGGCCUCCGCGGAGGUUUCAGGGUCGGAAAAUGCGAGUUUGUGCGAGCGCGGAAGCUUCGGCAGGUGGAGCCGCGGAUCCGGUAACCUGCACUUCUCCUUACACGGUCUGUCCUUAGAGGCCCAUACCGAGUCCAAAUCUCCCGAGCUCUUCACGGACGAGUCUCCGGACGCAGAGGGAGACCCGGCGCGCAGCGCGUCGCAGAAGAGCCGCAGCAGGAAGCGGCGGGUGCUCUUCUCCAAAGCGCAGACCUUGGAGCUGGAGCGCCGCUUCCGGCAGCAGCGCUACCUCUCCGCCCCGGAGAGGGAACACCUGGCCGGGCUGAUCCGCCUCACCCCGAACCAGGUGAAGAUCUGGUUCCAGAACCACCGCUACAAGAUGAAGCGGGCCAGGGUCGAGCACAGCUUGGAGGCGCUGCAGCUGCUGCCGGCCCGUCGGGUCGCCAUCCCGGUUCUGGUGCGGGACGGGAAGCCCUGCGACCGAAUCAUAGCGGGGGACCUGGAGACGACUCUAAGGUCCGGUCUGAGCCUGCCUCUGUGUGCCUAUUCCCCGCUGCUGCAUCCCGCUUAUGGCCCGGGGCACCCCGGGAUGCCGCAGCAGCACGCAGGAGUGCAGCAGCUGGCGCACAUGUACCACUGGAGCUGGUGA